AAUAGCGAGUAAACAUCUGCGAGAGAGCGACGAUAGAAACCAGUGCCAGUGGAAUAGAUAGAUUGGCGCUGCCCUUAGAGUUUCCUUACACGACCAGACGACGCAGAAAAUUGUACUCCGGCCACCAUGGCAGCGACAUUGCGAAGAUUCCAUGGCCUGCGACUGCUAAAGUCCACGCCAGCGCUGAAUCUGCAGCAGGCCAAGAACCUCUCCUCGGCCAGCAGCUGGGCCAACAGCAACAAGAAGCUGAUCGGCGCUGUGGGUGCCAUUACCGGCGGCGUUGGUGCUCUCUUGUUCGCUUUGGAGCAGUCCGUGGAUGCCUCCGACGGCACGGUGCAUUCCCCUGCCCAGCCAUGGAACCACAAGGGCCUCUUCUCCUCGCUGGACCACCAGAGUGUGCGUCGCGGCUAUGAGGUGUACAAGCAGGUGUGCUCCGCCUGCCAUUCGAUGCAAUAUAUUGCCUACCGCAAUUUGGUUGGCGUCAGCCACACCGAAGCUGAGGCAAAGGCCGAGGCCGAGCAGAUCACGGUCAGGGAUGGUCCCGAUGAUACCGGCAACUUCUACAACCGUCCCGGCAAACUGUCGGACUACUUCCCGUCGCCGUACCCCAACGAGGAGGCGGCGCGUGCUGCUAACAACGGUGCCUAUCCACCGGAUCUGAGCUACAUCGUGUCGGCACGCAAGGGUGGCGAGGACUAUAUCUUCUCGCUGCUGACCGGCUACCAUGAUGCACCAGCCGGCAUAUUGCUGCGCGAGGGCCAGUACUUCAAUCCGUACUUCCCAGGCGGCGCCAUUUCCAUGGCCCAGGUGUUGUACAACGAGGUCAUUGAGUACGAGGAUGGCACACCGCCAACACAGAGUCAAUUGGCCAAGGAUGUGGCCACGUUCCUCAAGUGGACUUCGGAGCCGGAGCACGACGAUCGCAAGCAGAUGCUGAUCAAAGUAAUUGCCAUUCUCGGCUUCUUGACUGCCAUCUCGUAUUACAUUAAGCGACACAAGUGGUCCUCGCUCAAGUCGCGAAAGAUCGUGUUCGUGCCCAAGGAGAAGUAGAAAUGUUUGAAUUUGAUUUGUGGUCUGAAGAAUUGCAGUGUUAUCUCGGCUUUACCCGACUAAUAAAGAUAAAUCAAUUUUAAGCAAAAGAGCACACAAAGAAACCCAACAUCAACUCCAUCGUCGUCAACCACACUAGCAAAUCAGUGUUCUCCCUACCGCCCAAACCGAAUCCACAACAACUAUUCGAUCUGCGUCAAUCCAAAAACAAAA